AUGGGCUGCUGCGGGGACGAAGAAAACGACGACGACAUCCUCAACCCUCUCAACCCCACCACCACCACCGAAAUCCUAGACUUCUCCGACUCCACCAUAUCUCCGAUGAACUCUCACUUCUCGGCCUUGACUUGCCGCGACACCCUCCGCCUCAUCUUCGAGAAGCUCCCGAUUCCCGACCUUGCUCGCUGCAGCUGCGUCUGCCGAGUCUGGAACUCGGUCGCCUCCGAUCAGGAGAUCGUCACCAGAGCCUUCAAAGCCCCUUGGAAUCUGAAGCAUGUCAUCGGAAAGCCAGCGUCUGGAAACUUCUGGAGAGACAAUUCUCUCGGAAAAUUCGCCAUCUCGCACCGGAUUGUCCGUGGCGACAGCAUCGCCAGUCUCGCCGUCAAGUAUUCUGUUCAGGUGAUGGACAUAAAGCGUUUGAACAACACGAUGAGCGAGCACGGAAUAUACUCUCGUGAGAGAUUGCUGAUCCCGAUAAGCAAUCCGGAGAUGCUUUUGCAGGCUACUUGUUAUAUUGAAGUGGAUACUUGUGCUAAGAGAGAAGUGGCUGUGCUGUAUUUGGAAGGCGGCCCUGAGCUCCACAAAACGACCAGCAAUGGCAGCUCAAGAACGUCUUCUUGCUCUGCAACUGAUUUGCAGAGUAAGAAGAGGGUGAUUGAGUCACUGAGGAGAAGCAUGCAAGUUGAUGAUGCCACUGCUCAGUACUACUUGACCAUUGCUGAUGGUGAUCCAAGAGCUGCAAUAUCUCAGUUCUCCCAGGACCUCAGAUGGGAAACCGGCUUUGCUUGA